AUGAUGGAAGUGGAAAACCUCACUGCUCUGCCCGGCUUCAUCCUCUUGGGCUUCUCUGAUGCCCCAGAGCUCCAAGCCACCAUCUUCCCAAUUUUCUUAUCCCUGUACAUUAUGAUGGUGCUGGGGAACCUGGUGAUGAUCCUGCUGAUCAAUGCCGACCCCGAGCUCCACACCCCCAUGUAUUUCUUCCUGACCCACUUAUCGUUCAUAGAUUUCUGCCUUUCCUCCACGAUCGUCCCGAAGGCGCUGGAGAACCUCCUGCGGGGGAGAGGCCACAUCUCUUUUUUGGGUUGCUUUGCCCAGUUGUAUUUUUCCCUUGCUCUGAUUGUCUGCGAGUGCUUCCUCCUGGGGGUGAUGGCGUACGACCGAUACGUGGCUGUGUGCAAGCCGCUGCUUUAUGCCACCAUCAUGUCCAGGGCGCGUUGCUACGGCAUGAUGGGGCUGGUGUACACCACGGGCUUCCUCACCUCCCUGGGCCACACCGUCCUGGUGGGGAGGUUGUCCUUCUGCCAGGCCAGGAGCAUCAACCACUUCUUCUGCGAGCUGCCCGCCCUCCUGCAACUCUCUUGCUCCAACACCCGCGCGAACAAGCUCCUGCAGGUUUCCAAUGCUGAGCUGAACACUGCGGGCUCUGUCCUGAUGAUCCUGGUGUCCUACACCUACAUCCUCCAUACCAUCCUGCGCAUGCCCUCGGCCAGAAGGAGGCUCAAAGCUUUCUCUACCUGCGCUUCCCACCUGGCUGUCAUCACCAUCUUCUACGUGCCGGGGAUGCUCGCCUACACCCAGCCUCGCAAGGCCUGCUCCCGGGAUCAGGUAAAACUGGUUUCGGCAUGUUACACCGUCCUGACCCCCACCCUCAACCCUUUCAUCUACAGCCUGAGGAACAAGGAGGUGAAGGGGGCCCUGAGGAGGCUGUGGGUGCGAAAGCUGGUGCCUCGUCUAGCCAGGCUUUGA